GAACAAGACAACAACAAAGAUGUUCCUUUUAGCCAUUCCUCCACUUUUGGCAUUCUUGGGAAUCUCUGGAAUUUCUAAGGCAGCAACAGAAUGUGGAAUUUCCCAGGUGUCCGGGCGCAUCAUGGGAGGCCAGGAUGCAGCACAUGGCGAGUGGCCCUGGCAGGUUAGCUUGAGAGAUGUGCUUGGGCGGCACUUCUGUGGGGGGAGCCUCAUCACUAACAAAUGGGUUGUGUCUGCAGCUCACUGCAUCACCAAUCCCAGUUCCUUCUCCUCGGUUGUGGUUUUUCUUGGCUCCUACAAGCUAAGUCAGACCAACCAGCAGGAAAUCCGAGUUGCAGUGGUGAACAUGAUCAGACAUCCCAGCUAUGAUAAGAAUCUAGAUGUCAAUGAUAUCAGCCUCCUGGAGCUAGAAAAAGAGGUGGCCUUCACAAACUACAUUAACCCUGUUUGCCUUCCUGACCCUGCAGUUAAAUUUCCAACAGGCCUGAAAUGUUGGGCAACCGGCUGGGGAGCCAUCUUGCCUGGUGUUUCUUUGCCGAAUCCCAAGACCCUACAGGAAGUGGCACUGCCAAUAAUUGACAUUCAGACAUGUUCACAGUAUUAUAACACCCCCUCCAAUAAGGCAAUACUCCAUCCUGAUUUCAUGAUAUGUGCCGGCUAUAUAAAUGGGGGGAAAGACUCCUGCCAGGGUGACUCUGGAGGGCCCUUGGUUUGCAGUGAGAACAAUCGCUGGUUCUUGGGUGGGGUGGUGAGUUUUGGAGAUAGUUGUGGAAAGCCAUACAGACCUGGGGUUUACACACUCUUGACACCUUAUAUUAGCUGGAUUAAUUCCAUUGUUCCCAAUGUCUCUACCAAUGUGAGAGAUGUGCAAUUUACAGGUCCAUUCAUUUCCCUCUAUAAUGCAACACCAACCCUCUUUAUUUCCACUUUCCUCCUUCCUUGUGUGUUGCUACUGCUCAUCAGCCAGUGAAGCCUUCCUCAAACAUAGGGAACUGUGUUACAAAGGAUUGGUUUAGUUGGACUUCAUAUUCAUGUUCAUGUACAUUUGCCAUGCCAUCAUCUACCCUGACCACAUCCAAAAUCAACUUGAUGCUCCUCCAAUCAACUUCUCCCAUUUUGGGGUAAAUAAUACCCUUUGAAGGUCUGCAAAUCAAACUGUCCCACCUAAAACAUUGGAUGGUAUGUUAUUGUUGGUUGUACAUCAAAGUCCUCUGAAUAUUCUGCAUCAUCAUGAGAGAAAACUAUUAUCAGCACAGUUGGGUCUCUCAAGUGAAUGGCUUCAAUGAGCUGAUCUAUGGCCUGGCAGAUCAGAGCACUCUAACAGAGAUACCAGGCAGCCAUGUUUCUUUGGUUGGUAAACAUUGAUUGCAAUAGAGGUUGGAUAUUGACCAGACUGUAGGAAAACACAGAGUGGACAGGUUAUGAGUCAAAUUAUAGACAUAGUGGAGUGGUUAAUCCUUGAAUAUUUAAUAUUUAAAAAUGUAAUAUUUAAAAAAUCUCACUUCAGACAUCUUAUUGUUUGAGAU